AUGGAUAACAGGCGCACAAGGCGCUCAGGCAAGAAAUACACGGAGCUAAUAGAGCCGAUCAGUAAGAUUCUAUCGAAAGUUCAACACCUUUCGUUCUUCAAGUGGUUGCCCAAGAUGACGGGACCUCCUGAUGCGAGAAGACAGGAUAAGCGGUGUGAGUAUCAUAAAGACCAUGGUCACGACACCGAUAGUUGUUAUGCGUUAAAGGAUCACCUGGAAGAAUUGGUGCAAGACGGCUGUCUUACACAACACGUCAGAAAGAAUAAUUCAACAAAUACAGUAGCUCUAUGGCCGGAGUCACCUCCUCUUGGUGUAAUUCAUAUGAUAUACAGCUUGACGGCAUCAUCCGAGGUACAUACAAUUCAGUUGCAGUCUAGCUCCCAUAGCUCAAUGACGCUAGCGAAACGGCCCCAUGACACUGGAAGGAUUAGUUUCGAUGAUAGUGACUUAGUUGGAGUAACUCACCCCCACACUGAUCCCCUCGUCAUCGAGCUACACGUAAACAGAUUCACCAUUGAGAGUGUUCUCAUUGACCGGGGUAGCACUUCAGAAAUAAUGUAUUACAAAACUUUCAUCAAACUUGGCCUCACCGAUUUGGACCUGUCUCCGUCUGAUUACCCGUUAUUCGGCUUCAAUGCUAACCCAGAGUAUCCUUUGGGCAAAAUUACACUACCAGUACUGGCCAGCACCAGAUCAGUAGAUGUAGAAUUUCUGGUUGUCAAGCUUUCCUCGCCGUAUAAUCUCAUCAUGGGCAGAACUUGGUUACAUACAAUGCAAGCUGUGCCAAGCACCUAUCAUCAACUAUUUCGUUUUCCGACUGAGUGCGGUAUCGAACAAAUUCAUGGCUCUCAGAAAUCGGCACAAGCAUGCCAUCUUCUUACUGUAAAAAGACCAAGGGAGUUGGAAGUGCAUUCAAUUGAGGUACCGGAUAGGAAGAGCCUCGAAGAUGUUGGGAAGAUCCCAAGUGAAAAGGCAACUGAAGCCCUGGAUCGGGUCGAAAUUAACGGAAGUCCUGACAAGUUCUUUAUGAUCAACGCUUCCUUGGAUAAAGUUGAAAGAUAG